UUAAAGAGGUCAUGAGUCAUCCUGAGACUCCUCUAUCGGAGACUACUAGUGCUUCGUCGUGUUCUUCGAGUAAGGGGGCCGAGGAACUGCUGCUUAGAAAGCAAACCUCAGGGACCAUGAGUGGUGACAGGGAGAUGGCUGACAUUCAUGAUAUGUGGACUGUCACCAAGGAGUACGUUCGAAUGCGACAGUACCACGACAUCCCAGACACCGAUCCAACAGCAGUUCUUGCUAAUAAAUUACGCGAUUAUAUGGAGAGAACCACAGCUGAUGGCUUCCAACCCGACCCCUUCUUUCACCGAAAGAGCGGUAAGCUGGUGCUCUCUAUGCUCCACGUGCGCAUGGAAGACGGUCGGGACGAGUUCUUCGAGGGCAUCAAUGGUGAAGUGUCUCUACCCACGGGAUCCCUAUGCAGCGAACGUGCAGCUAUUGCGCAUGCACGCUCGGUGCAUCCCAGGAUUAACAGGGGAAUGUUUAUGGGCAUCGCAGUCAUCGACGUGCCUACCAAGAUGAACGAUGGUCACACUGACAAUCCCUUAUGGCCCUGCGGGGCGUGCUCGGAGUGGCUCAAGAAAAUUCAGGAGUCAGUGCCCAAUUUCCGGGUCUUAGCUUUUGAUAGUAUUGAGAUGAACGUAAUCUACGAGCGCUUCCUCUUCAUGACGCAUACAGUAGUCGACCAUAGAUUCACUCCUGCGGACCUAGGACGCUGGCAAUGCGAUACAUGUCACACCAUCAACCCUGAGAUGACUAGUAACUGUCAGAACUGCCUUAUGGAACGAUGGGACAAACGCGUCCUGAAGCCCGGCAAGCGCCGCGACUAUCGUCAAGUUCUGAGAAGCCUCUUCGAAGCCACGUUGUGCAAUGCUAAGCCAGUGACACAGGCUGAUUGGAAACUGGUUGCUGGUUGGGUGCCGAUGUGGUGGUUGGAAGCUGAGAUGGCCCCAAUGGGUUUGGUAGAGGUCCUUGGUGAAGAAGGACCAGCUAGGAGGUAUCGAUUGACUGGCAAAGGCAUUAGGAUGAUGAACGAGCCCAACUCCAGCUUCCAAGACUCGCAAGGGGAGUCGGCCUCCUCUCCAGAAGCCGUCCCGAAUGGAAUAACGAACUCUGCUGAGGAGUCGCGAUAGUUCCGAAAGCGUGAUUGACCCUGUGUUUA